GAAAUUGUGAAAAUCGCAGAAAUCGUAGGAGCCGUGGAGGUCAUGGAAUUUAUAGAAGUCGCGAAAUUCAUGAAGUUAUAGCAGUUGGUAGAAGUCGUGGUAAAAGUCAUAAAAAUAAUGAAGAUACCGAUUCUGUUCAAGAUGAACUUUUUAAGUUUAAUGAUACUUUAAAAACUGGUUAUCACAUUGUAAUAUACAGAAAAAGAGAUAAUAGAAAAACAGUUAAAAAAGGAAAAUUUAAUAUUGAUAAUAGAUGGAUUGUAUUUUAUAAUUCUUAUCUUUGUCAAAAAUAUGACUAUCAUAUUAAUGUAAAAAUAUAUUUAAGCAUUCGUUCUGUGAAAUAUCUUUACAAAUAUGUUUACAAAGGACCUGAUUAUAUAAUAGGAUCUAUCAAAAACUUACAAGAUGAAAUCACUCAACAUCUAAAUGUAAGAUAUGUCUCUGCUAUUGAAGCAUUCUGA